AUGAUCACCGAAAAGCUGCCUAUCGCAGGCACAUGUCGCUUCAAACCGGACCUAGCCAUCUGCAACAUCAGCGAUUGGGGCAUUCUACCGAAGAAAGAGGAAGCACUGGCAUUCGCCUUGUGGAAGAUAGGACCGAUUGCCGUCAGUGUGAAUGCUGAGCCGAAAUCGUUCCAGUUGUACCAGUCCGGUAUUUACGACAGCCCUGAUUGCGUUAGUACGAAACUGAACCAUGCCAUGUUGGUUGUGGGUUACACUCCGCAGUAUUGGAUCAUCAAAAAUUGGUGGGGAUCGUGGGGUGAGAAUGGCUACAUGAGGAUUGUACGUGGGAAAAAUAUGUGCGGGAUCGCGAACUUUGCGGCAUAUUGUACGAUCAAGUAA